AUGGAAGAAGACCUGGAGUCCAGAGCUGUGAACAGGAGCAGCAAUAGUCCCACACUGGAAGAUUUGGGCCUCUCACACUCUGCUCUGGCUUAUGACAACAAGUUUGUGUGCUCUCCUCCUGGAAUGCUUAUGUUUGGAGAAAUAGUUUGUGGACUGCUUGUGUGGACUCUUCUAGGUGGAACUGAGUAUUUGCGGGUGCCAGCGCUGGGCUGGGUGAUGUUUGUGUCAGUGGUUUGCUGGGUGCUGACUGUCUGCCUUCUUUUACUCUACAUGACCUCUGCUCACUCAAAGAUACCCCAUAUCCCAUGGUCAACUCUGGGACUCUGCUUCAAUAGCAGUGCCACUGUUUUGUACAUGACAGCUGCAGUGAUUAAUGCUACAUCUGUACCACAAGCAAUUAAGGGGCGCUAUUACUACAUCUGCUGGAUUACUUCCACGGUAUUUGCCUUCUUAGUUGUGCUUUGUUAUGCAGCAAAUUCCUAUGUGAGCUACAAAUCCUGGAGAUCGAAAAGUGAUGAUGCCUAAACAAAAUGACUGGAAUCUGUUUUACAAAAUAAUCUUUAACCAGAUGGCUUUCUAUAUGCUUUUUUUUUAUUAAACAUACACUUACCCAUCAAUUUUAAAUAGUUUGAUUGGUAUAAAGAAUCUUACAGUAGUUUUACCUGUAUUGUCUUUAAAUAAGAUGUUUAAAUAAGAUGUUUAAUAAGAUGUACAUUUGAAUUGUUCUUUGGGUAUUUUUUUAUUUUAAUAGUGCACUAUUUGGCUACUAACUAGGGGUAUUUGCUGUGGGAAUUAUAAUGUGGGAAAAUGAUAAAUUGAUAAAAUCAUUUUUAUGUAUAUUUGUUGAAUAGGUACAAUGUGUUUCUGUAAAUUCCUGUUUCUAAUAAUACUGCAGAUGUAAUAGUGUACUGCAAUCAAUACAGCCUUUAAUCAAUACAACAAUUAAUGCAUAUAAAGUCUGAGUCUUCUGAUCUCAAAAUUCUACUGAUUUCUGCUAGAAAUAUUUUAAACAACUGUUUACCUUUUUUCUAACCAUUUGCACAUUAUUCCUUUAUUUUGU